AUGAAUUUCAACAAGCCAUUCCAGCAUUACUGGACGUCAAAGGAGCAGGACAACGACGUGGACAGAGUCUCCUCCACAGGCAGCAGCAUUCCACAUCCGCCAAAGCCUGGAUAUAUUCCGAAGCCCUUAUAUGGAGCUACCUUCGUUGGUAAUCCCAUCAAAACGUUUUUGCCACUCGACCUAGUAAUUAUUCUCAUAAGUGGAGGUCUAGGAACUCCAGUCCGUUCUCGACCACAAUAUCAGACGGAUGAUUAUUACACUUACGAAGAGAUACAGGACUACCUAAAUGGACUGGCCAAAAGCUAUACCAGGCAAGUGAAAUUGACGAACGUUGGAAAAACCUACGAGAACCGGAACCUCACCACCAUUACAAUAUCAAACGGAGAUGGGCGGAAACACAAGAACGUCAUCUUUAUAGAUGCCGGAUUUCAUGCCAGAGAAUGGCUAACUCAUACGGCAGCCCUUAAUAUCAUCGAUAAGUUGGUUGUGAUCUACGAAGAGAACAAGCAACUCCUGGUGGACUAUGACGGGGUUAUUUUACCAUUGGUGAACGCAGAUGGCUACACAUAUUCCCGAUCGGGAAAGAAGUUCACCAAUGAAACUAUCAUAUGCUCAUGCCCUUGUGCCGGAGAUCUUGAAAUCAGCAAAGUUAUCGAAAAGUAUCCAAGCAAUUGGAAUUUAAAUAGGACAUAUGACAAAUAUUUAUAG